AUGCGGCACACAUUUUAUGAAUUAUUUCAACUCGGUUAUAAUGCCACUGAUCUUCUAAAAUGGUAUGUGCCCAUAGAUGAUGUGGAGCAAUAUGCUGCAUAUCAGGCCAAUAAUUCGAAUAAUAUGUCCAAUUUAAAUGAUAAUUUUAUCUGUAACUGUUCACAUCCAUCCAUAUUUGGUCGCUAUUGUGAAUACCAAUUGUAUCAGGGUGAAACAAUUUCUGAAGCUAUUGAAAGACAAUUUCGUCAUCGACAAACAAAUAUGUUUGGCAGUCAAAUGCAUGAAAGACGAUCAUGUUAUACAACGCUUGACACAUGUGAUUCUGGUCUACUUUGUUUGGAUUGGCGACAAAUAUGUGAUGGUGAACAAAAUUGUAUUUACGGUAUAGACGAGGACAAUUGUGAUAAACUUGAAUUUAAUGAAUGCGAAGAAAAUGAAUAUCGCUGUGCCAAUGGAAUGUGUAUACCAGGAGAAUAUUUUCUUGAUGGCAAGUGA